AUGACGUCUGAAAACCAGACCUCGGCCAGACCGGCCAGGAAAAAGCUGUGGUUGUUUUUCUUUAUUUUGUUCUUUUUCUGGUACAUGUUGCUCUGCGGCUUCGACCGGUCUUCUCUCCCUGGCCCCUCGUCCGUCUCACAAGAAAAUCCGAGCAGAUCCGACAAUGACAUUGUUAUUAGAUCCAACAAUUCUUCCCAAGUCAUUUCAGAUGUCAAUCUCAACCCAAACGACAACGAGAACGAGCCACCACGUAACGUGACAACAUAUAUUGAAACGGAGAUGGAUGAUCUCGAGAAAGAAGUCGAACCUUCACUACCGAAAGUUGAAGAAGAAGAUAAAGAAAAGAAAAGAAGAAGUGGGUGCGGGGGGAGAUACAUUUACGUCCAGGACCUCCCAUCACGGUUCAACUCGGACUACAUUAAGGACUGCAAGCUCCUCAACAAAUGGCACAACGUGUGCCCCUACUUUAGUAAUGGCGGCCUGGGAGAGAGGCUCUCCUCCUCCUGCUGGUACGUCACCCACCAGUUUUCCCUUGACGUCAUAUUCCACAGCCGCAUGCAGCGCUACGACUGCCUCACCAACGACUCCUCCAAGGCGGCAGCCAUCUACGUGCCCUACUACCCAGGCCUCGAUGUCUCCCGCUUCCUGUGGGACACUUACAAUGCCUCUGUGAAGGACGCCGACCUCACUGACCUAUUUGCCCUCCUGCGCUCACGGCCCCAGUGGAGGGUGAUGGACGGUCGGGACCACUUUCUAGUGUCAGGCCGCAUCACGUGGGACUUGCGCAGGUCGGGGGACGCGGACUCUGACUGGGGGAGCAGCCUGAUGGUGGCCCCCGAGUCCCAGAAGAUGACGAUGAUAACAAUAGAGUCCAGCCCCUGGCACCCCAAUGACUUUGCGAUACCCUACCCGACCUACUUCCACCCGUCGAGCGACGCGCAGGUGCAUGAGUGGCAGGGGAGGAUGCGCAGGCAGAGGAGGCGUUCCCUCUUCUGCUUUGCUGGAGCCCCUCGGCCCAACAUGGAGGGCUCCAUCCGUGGGGAGAUCAUGGCCCAGUGUGGGGCAGCCAGCAAGAGGUGCAAGAUGGUCCACUGCAAGGACGACAAACACAACUGCCUCAAGCCGGCCAACCUGAUAAGGAUGUUUCAAGGAUCUGUUUUUUGCCUGCAGCCAUCAGGGGACUCCUUCACCAGGAGGUCCACUUUUGACUCCAUACUCGCAGGUUGCAUCCCCGUCUUCUUCUCUCCCGCCUCAGCAUACGUGCAGUACCUUUGGCACCUGCCCUCCGAUUUUGGUUCUUACUCGGUGCUCAUACCGGAGGGGGACGUCAAGACCCACAAGGUCAGCAUCGAUAGGGUGUUGUCCCGCAUACCGGCCUCGAGGGUGGCGGCCAUGAGGGAGAAGGUGAUAAAGCUGAUACCAAACGUGAUCUAUGCGGACCACAGGUCGAGGCUGGAGAAAACCGAGGAUGCGUUUGAUUUGGCGAUAAGAGGAGUGGUCCAGAGAGUUGAUGGGUUGAGGAGGGAGAUGAAGGAAGGGAGGAAUUCGAGCGCUGAAUUUGAUCCAGAGUUCAGUUGGAAGUAUUAUGCAUUUGGAACCACCAAACAGCACGAGUGGGAUAACUACUUUAAGAGAGACAGAUAG